UACCUAUAGUAACACAUAUAGGUUCUGAACUCAGAUUUUUUAUUUGCCACUUUUUAAGUUUUAUAAGCUCUUAUAGUAUAUAGACAAAUUAGGAAUUAGUUAUGUUGCCUAGUGAAAUCCGGAUAUUUACCGCAAUUAUGCCGAAAAAUAAUGCAGAAAAGUGUCGUGCAUAUCGACAGAAAAAAAAACAAAAAGAAAAUAAAACUAAAACUAAAAAAACCGCAAAGACUUCAACAGAACGUGUACGUGAAUUUCGUGCACGCCGAAAAACAUUACGAAAUGCACAACCUAGUAUUUCUAUUGUGCAUAACAAUGCAUCCACUGUGCAAAAUAGUGAAAACGAUCAUCAUUUUACGAUGCCGAAAAAAUCAGAGAACCAACCCCGAGGAAGCCAAGAUGGAAAAACUACACCAAAAGUGAAAAAAGUAGCGAAGACUGGGGCACAGCGCUCUCGCGAAUACAGAGCGCGAGUAAACGCACUUGAAAACGCAGUUAUAGCUGGAUCUGUCACUUGUGUUGAAAGUGAUGCGUUACAACCAGCGUCGCAACAUAAUGUGGCAGCAGAUUCGAUUGCUAUGCGUCCACGUUCGCUACUGUAUGAGGCCCUCAGUCGACAAAGUAGCCAAGACACGCAUCAAAACAUCCCAACAGUGAGGAAAAAGUCGAAAACUCCUAAAACAUCAACCGAACGCUCUCGUGCCUGCAGAGAACGGAGAAAAGCGUUGGAUCGUACGAACAAUCGAGAAUCCAUAGUCGAUGCAGCUCACUCACAACACGAGAAUGAUAUAAUUAUUCUUGAAGAUCAGCCUCAAGAUAUAAUCAACAUCGAAACAGCAACGGUGCGAGCACGACAACAACCUUAUAACAGUGAAGCACAAUCCACUUCAGGAUCAUUGGACACUAGUGGCAUAACUGGAAUAAAUCAUGACUCAACCCAGAAUAUUGUGAAUCAAAUGGUGAGAAAGGUGGAUCAGAAGUUGGAUGAUUUGGAGAAAUAUGUGCCAUUCAUGAACUAUCUUCUUCAAAUAGACAAGGAGAAAUAUAAAAAAUUUAUAGAUAUCAAGCAUUGGAUUUUGGCAAGAAAAAGGUACCCAAUGAAUGUGCUGCAAAAGAUUGAGCAGUCUAUAUUAACACAGUACAGAAAUCUAUUUUAUGAUGAUGAGAAAGUACCAAAAUAUAUUAUGAAUAUUUUUAAUAGAGACGACAAAGUUAAAUGCUUCAGAGUAAAUUUAUGUUCAGAUGAUGAAGACAAUGCUGGAAAUUCAUCGGAUGAUGACGAUGUUAUCAUUAUUCCAUCAUCAGAUAAUCCAAAAGAAAUUUCUCAACCACAAUCAAGCAUUACCACUCAAUGUAAUCAGGAGCAACCCACACCCACCUUAGAACAUUGCCAAACGGAGAACACAAUUUGCAUAGAUUCGGAUAAUGAAAAUAACAAUGUUGAGGUCAAAGAAUAUGAUUUGUGUCAUGAAGAGAAGCUUUUUAAGAGAAGAGAAGACUUUACUACUAAAAUUGGUGAAGAUAUUGAGGCAAUAAAAAUUUGUGAUAAUGAAAAAAGUGAAGCUCUCGAACAAAUCGAAGCUCAAAAAGACGCUGUUAAUACAAUCGAAGACCCAAAAUCUGAGUGUAUAACGAUCCCUGAAACAAAUUUGGAGAGCUUUGAUCUCAAAAAGUUGGAAGAAAUUUAUAACGGUUUUACAAAAAAAUACGGAGUUAAUAUUGAACAAUUGUUAAAAGACGUAAAUUUGAGCACGUCGCCGGAAAAUGUGAUUAAUAACAUAGUUCAAAACAGUGGUACUACUUUUACUCCACAAUGCGGAAAUCUUUAUGUACCACCUAUGGAUUCUCCAGGUCAAACGGAAACCAGUCAAAUACAACAGAACGCAUAUACUAUGCAACCUCUCUCACUUCCAUCUCAGCCAUUUCAGUUAAAUCUUAGAGAUCCGCGGAUUAUCAAAUUAUUGGAAAGAAAUAAAAAUGUACCACUUUCUUCUACAACAGUGUGUAAUGCUAGGAGCACAAACAAUUCGAAAGUACCGAACUGUGAACCAACAACAUACGGUGAAUAUAAGCGACUAAAAGCGGAGAAAGAGAAGAAAGCAGAGGAAGCAAAAAAAGCCGAAGAAACAGCGAAAAUAGUUUUAGAAAAGGGAGCAAAGGCCAUGAUGAAAGAAGAAGAAGCGAAAAGAACCGAGCUAGCGAAGAGAGCAGAGUUAGAAAAACAAUCAGAGGAAGCAAAACGAGAAACGAACGUAAAUUCAAAUGAAGUUCGCAAUAAUUCAACUUUAGUAAGAGCAAACAGUGUAGAUGCACCAAACCAAAGCACUGAAGUUUCCAGUAGCUUUUCCCUAACAAAAAAAGGCAUAGAAAUUGUGGAAGAUUCUGAGAUACAGAGUCAUAACUAUUCGCCUUUGGAGCCACAAAUUGAUCUGAGAAGCAUGAUUUUGAAAGCCAUACUACCAUAUGGAGACAAAAUAUUGGACGUUCUUAGAAAAGAUACAGUAGCAAAAUUAAGUACAGAAGAAGGAGCACAUCAAGAAACUAAAUCACUUUCAUUGGCAAAUCAACAAAUAUUAACUGAUACACGCUCAGACGAAAAUGUGAGAACAACAGUUGGAAAUGAUAUUCAAAUACAGUCAUAUCAAAAAUUACCUGCAAAUGAUCAAAAAGUAAUUGAAAUGCAUUCGGAAGCGUUGAAUAAUCAGCGAAAAAGAAAAUACCCAAAAAGUGUGCCUUAUAAGAGAAUUCGAACGAUAUCGUCUUCUUCGUCAACGUCGUCAACUCUAACCGCGUCAUCGACAUCGUCGCCACCACCUCCUUCAACGCCUUUGAUAUACACACCAGUUGUAAAACUGAGACGACUUUCACCCGAAACUAUUUUAAAAUACACGAAGGCAGUAAAACUGUCGCCAGGUUCUAAAACUAUAAAUAUCCACCUUGUGGAAGACGUGAGCAAGACAAAGAAGCAAAACAAAGAUCGUUUUCUUGAGCCAAAACCGGCAAAAUUGAACAUUAAACAUAAAAAUGUUGAUAUAUUAAUGACAAAUACAAAUACAACUUUUUGCGCAUUGUGCAAAUCAAAGCCUAGCGAUUUAACAAAUCACUAUAGAAGAGUACACAAAACUGAGUCGUAUGUGGCGCGUUUAAGCAGAGCGGCAUUAAGUUCUCUAGAAACAAAUAUUCCAUUUGCGCAAAGUUUGUUCAAAAGCACAAAUCUUAAUACUAAAAAAUAUUUACUUAAAUGCGCGUUCUGCGAGGAUGAAUUAAAGGAUAAAUUUAUAAAUUUUUACAAGCAUUUUUCAACACAUACAGGAGAGUACGCUUUUCAAUGUGGUAUUUGCAAGUUGCAAAAGCCUUUUGAAUUUGAUAUUCAGUCGCACAAGUGUCAUUCGAAAUCUUGUCGCAAUGCACGCAUUCAACUGCUCUAUCAAUAUCAUCCGAAUGUCUUGGUCAUAUAUUUAUAUUGUUGUAAAAUAUGUAACUUUGUGCAAUUAAAUGAAGCCAAUACAUUCAAACAUUUGCGCGAUCACCACGAUAAAAGACAAGACGAUUAUAGUUUAAUUCGAAAAUAUAUAUUGGCAGCAGUAAAUGAUGAGGAAGCAUAUGAGAAUUCUGCUGAAACAGAUAAGAACUUUGAAUUUCUGAAGAAAGAGGACGACAUUUUGGUUAUAAAUGAAGCAAUGCCAGAAGAAGGUGAAGUUGCCGAGAAAAAUGGCAAUGCUAUUGAUACAAGUUUGGAAAUGGUGGAGUUGCCGACUACGAGCUACAUUCAUAAUGAAGAUUUGGACAACGCAUGGAUUGAAACAAUAAAUUCAAGUUUAAUAGAUUCAUCGAGGAAAACUUCUCCUGCCAAACCUGCACAAGAAAGUGACAAACGAUGUGCGCCUCUGUCAUCAAUGGAAAAUCUUGUAACUGCAAGUAGUGUGUGUGCUUUAGAAAUUAAUAUAAAAACUGAAAGCCAGGACCUAUUGUCAGUAGAAAAAGAAAAUUAUGACAGCAAACAGCCAGUGCUGAAAUCUAGUCGUAUAUCUUAUCGGCAAUAUUCGCACGGAGUUUCGUAUUAUGGCCUAUUUAAAUGCAUGGCAACUGAUUGUUUAUAUUCAACGGAUGCAAGCAGUGAAAUCCUAGAGCAUUUAAGCGAACAUUGCAGAAGUGAACAGCCACCUGAAGGAUAUCUGGAAUGUGCCUAUUGUCAAUUGAAUCCAGAAGUUUGCAAUACGCCGGAAAUGUUAAUUGAACACAUUCAGAAAUCCCAUCACCGUUCGCAGUUUCAAUGUUCAGUUUGUUGCUAUCGUGCGUCUUCGGCAAGCCAUGUUUUAAUGCAUGCGAGAAGUUCACAUCCAGAUCAGCAGGAGCUUAUUUACAAAUGUGCAUCCGAUAUAACUUUUAACAACGCUUUACCAACAAAUAUUUCGGAAUUAUUAAAAAAACACGUUGAACCGCUCGUUUGCCCGUUCAAAGAUUGUUUAAGAGAAUUCCAGAAUGUGGUAUGGAUGCAGAAUCAUUUGAUGAGCAUGCACUCUUUGCCCAUUAAUAGUGAAAUUAUCGCAGCAGUUGAGAAAUAUGCAUGUAUAUACUGUACAAAGAAAUUGCAUGAUAUUAAAGAUGUCAAAAAUCAUUUAGUUGCGUCACAUCCAGACCAAAAUCCUUUCGUUUGCCAGAGAAUUCUAAUUGCUGGAAAAGAGGAGGAUUUACUUGAGAACCUGAUUAUAACAUAUGUGUCGUUGCCGUUUGUUCCGUUCGAAAGCAUCAAGGCAGUAAAUGUGAAAACGGGAUCCGGUUUAAAUGACAAGGUUAUGAACGCGAAAGAGACAAUUGAAGUAAAUAUAGCGGAAAACUUUACCGAAACAGAUGGAAUAAAUGAGCCUCAGAGUGAAACUAAACCAAAUUUAGAGCAAUUGGUGCAAACAGCUGAGGAAAGUAUUCGGCACAGCUUGCUUAAAUUAACUGGCAGUACAGGCAUUUCACCUAAUUUACUGUAUCACUGCCCGCAUCCGACAUGUGGUGGAUUCUUCUCAUCAUACGAGAUGUGGUUUAGACACAUGAGAAAACGUCAUUGUUGCAUUAUAAGUGUGUGCCCCCACUGUCCAAAUGAGAAGAAAAAAGAAUUACCACUGACUGAUUUCAAGGAACAUUUCGAACUGCACUGUUGUCAUCUUUAUGGUUGCUACCACUGUGGCGAAACAUUUCCUAUGCAGAGGGUAGCUAACGAUCAUAUAGCACUUGCACAUGCAGAUAUUAAUCCAGCCUCUGUUUUGAUACAAAUUGAAAAGGUGCCGUUGUACUUCAAUCAACCAUUUACGGUACUAAUGAAGUCAUCCGAGCAACAAAAGGAUAGAUAUUGUUUUUUGCUAGAGCUGCAAGAAAUUGUACAGAAUCGUUGCAAGUAUGUUGAACAGUUAUAUUACGAUUCAAUAAAAACACAGUGGACUGUACCAUUUACAAAUUCGUGGUUAGAAAACUUUCCGAGUUACAAGAAUAGCGAAAACAUCAAACGAAAAUGUUUCUAUCAGAAUUGUACAUUUUCAACAUUUGAUAAUGAAAUAUUCUAUGCACAUUUGAAAGGAAGCCACCGCAUCGGUGAUAGAAAAUUUAUGUGUGCAAAAUGUGAUUUUCGUAUAACGAGCGAAAACUGGGACCCCAUCAUAGACCAUAUAAAAAUACAUGUACUCGACAUACAUGUUUGCUGUGUGUGUUCAUAUUAUCAUCAUGAUAGGCGAAAAAUAUUGGAACAUCUCAACCAAGAGCAUCUAUUUAGAGAUGUGCCGAUUGUGACCAUAAUACGGUCAACAGAGUGCGUAAAAAUAUCAAUAUCCAUCGUAUUCGCACAACUAAGGAAAACCUUUUCAACCAUUAAGAGCUGCUUCUUCUGCCCAGAAGGUAGUGAUAGUUCAUGGAAAGUGUAUGCAACACAUUUGAAAAAGGUUCACCUCAUCACACUACAAUACUUUUGUGAAAUUUGUGAGGAAUCGCUUAAACUCACAGAAUGUGAUGAGCAUUUCAAUAAAAAUCAUCCAACUGCAGUGUUGAGAAUACGCUGUCGAUUCGCUACUAAUAAUCAACUAUCUGUAGAUACAAUAAAACCUUUGAAACUCCAGAUUGCACCUUGCUUUGAUGAACCGUUUUUGGGUCAAAAACUAAACAUUGAUACAUGCAAAACUAUCGUAAAACAAGAAGCCUGCGAUAAUGAAUCUGAUAGUGACAUUGAAAUUGUUAAUGAUGAGGAUAUUGUUAUUGCUAAUGAUACGAAAAUGUCUGAGGCGCAGCAAAAACCCAAAGUUAUAAGAUGCGUGAAUCUUAAGAAUCUACAGAAUCAAGUGCCGAAUGUGAACUGCUUUCAAGCACAAGUUUUAUCACAACACCAGCCCAUGCCAACAAUACAAGAGCAAGCUAUUUCGUAUCCUAUUCCAGAGCUGAUAUCGCCUACUACAUCGAACGCUCUAUGCUCGACUGCUCAAAAUACUGCAUUAUUUUCGCCGCGCAUAGCGCUGCUGAGUCAAAAUUCCAACUUCACUGGUAGUUGCAAUUACAAACCAGUUAAAAUUUUGAUAAGACCCAAUUCUGCCAAUAUAACAAUGGACAUGUUGGGUAACCCAAUGAAUGGCAAUUACAACAUGUAGAUAUAAGGAAAAAAAAAUCCGUAUUUUUUCGUUUUAAAAAUGAGUAUCGUUUUUAAACCAAAUACAAAUAUUUAGCCACUUUAAGAUGCCACUGAACAGCUUUACUUGAAUCCUGCAAAAAAAAAAAAAUAAUAAUAAUAAUCAUACACAUGUACAAAUUUAAAGCGAAAAAGUGACGGUUAACGUUCAUGCACUCGUUUCGCAUAGAAUUUGUGAUGAAUUUGUUAUGCACUAAGAAUUACAGCAGUUAUUUUAUGAAAAUAGCAGCUAAUUCACUUUUAUCUUUAAUAUUAGUUUAAAAAAAAACCUAAAACCAUGUUUUGUUUUAUUUGUUUACGCAUAAUGUGAAUUAAGUGGAUAUGUUCAUUUAAUAUUAAAUUUGCCUUAAAGUAUUUUUUAACCAAUUUUUAUACUAUUUUUUUUUAAAGCGUCAGAAUGUAGAUCUAUUCCUGUGAAUGUAGAUAUAUUCCAAGGAGUAGAAUAAUUGUCUUUGAAUUUAUGUAUAGACAUACAUAUAAAACUCUUGAAUGAAUGAACAAACCAAAUAUGUAAUAUUUCUUUAUAAUUUUUUAUGUUGUUCAGUUGAUUGCUUUAAUUUGCCUAAUCAAAAUAUGUGAGCAAUGGAAAUAAAAAUGAAUGAAAUGAUUUUUUUACAUAAAUUGUUUCUUAAAUAUAUUGAAAAUAUA